AUGGGACUAGAGAUUAGCCAUGCCUCUCUCAACUUUCUCCCUCCCUUCCUCCCCAUCCACCUCUCUCCGUACAGCAAAUCAACGGUGGUUGUAGGUGUGGUAGCAGAUGAAAGUCUACAGACCAGUGGCUCUAGGAAAAGUGUCUCUGUUCCUGACACUCUUGCUGCCACCAACAACAAGGUUGAAAAUGUACCGUGGGGGAAUCGACUCUUCGGUUAUCACAUACCCCGGAAGGCAAAUCAAAGUAUCGUUGUCUCAGAAAACAACAACAACACAAAGACGAAAAAGGCUCGGUGGUGGCGUUGUUGCAGGAAAACACGUCGAGUUACACCCACUGUCACCCCUCAACAGGACGAGGUAGUGGACUUUAAAGGCCUCAUAGAGGAAAAGGAGAGACUAGAAGACAAGACAGUUCUUCCAACUGAGUCCAAAAAGAAGAAGAAGAAGGAAAAAAAUGUUGUCUUGCCUGAGACCAUCAAAAAGGAGAAAGAUGAGAGGUUUCCUCAGGCUGUCCAACCCAAAAAAUGCCAGGCCCCACCAGCUCCCACCCCUCACCAGGACACAGUAGUGGAGUUUAAAGGGCUCACAGAAGAAGAGGAAAGACUGCUUGGAGUAGACGAGACAAUUUAUCAAAAUCUAUCCAAGGGAAAAGAUGCCAUCUCCCCCAGUAAGUCCAUCAGACAGGAGAAAGAAGAUACAGUUCUUCAUGCUGUGUCUGAAAAUAAAGAAGAACUUGCCAUCAACUCCAUUGAGACCCACAUACAGGAGAAAGAAGGGACAGUCCUUCAGGCUGUCCAACCCAAAAAACGCCGGGCCCCACCAGCUCCCACCCCUCACCAGGACACAGUGGUGCCCAAGGGAAAAGAUAGCAUCUCCCCCAGCAAGACCAUCAGGCAGGAGAAAAAAGAGACAGUUCUUCAGGCUGUCCCCAUGAAGAACAACCCUCCAACUGAGACAUUCAGACAGCAGCAGAUCCACCAUCUUGGGUUCCCCAAUCCAGCACAGUUCUGCUACAUCAACUCCUGCCUGCAGAGCCUCCUCACAUUAAAGGACUUUGUUAACACCAUCAGCUGUCAGGAGCUGAUCUGGAAUUUAUUACCUGAUGCUGCACUUUUAAGAUCAUUCAUGGACAUUAAAGAGUCUCACUCUUCUGGCGAUGUCAACCAUAAGAUUCGCCUCGUGAAUGCAUUCAGGAAGACAAUUUGGUCCCCGGAGUUCCAUGAUCUUCAACAGAAGGAUGCUCAUGAGUUCCUAACCUCCAUCUUGGACCAGAUGAGAUGUUUGAGCCCACAGCUUCAGGUGAUGGCAGCCAGCAUGGACACAACCUACAGCUGUCCAGUGGAGCAACACAUGGUUUUUAAAAUGCUCAACAUUAGAACCUGCAAGAGAUGUGGGACAGAAUCACACAGAGAGGAGGAAUUUACUAACCUCUCCCUUGACCUCAUACCUGGCGGCGGAUCCGUAGAGGACAUGAUAAAAGAAUACCUGAUGGAGAAGGAAUUGGAUUACAAUUGUGAGUGCGGUGCCACCACUUCAGUCCAGCGCUCAUCAUUUCUGACCGUGCCAAGAGUACUGGUUUUACACCUGAAGCGCUUCAGGAUAACUCCCACCUUCACACUGACAAAGGUCCAUGAUCCCAUCGUCCUCCUUAGAGAUCUAGUUGUGACCACUGACCAGGCUGGUGCCCUCUACAGUCUAGUCAGCUCCAUUAACCACAUCUCCCCCUCACAAAAAUGUGGACACUACAUCUGUGACGGAGUGGAUACGGAUAUAGGACAGGAGGACCUAACUGACCGCUGGUUCACCUACAAUGACUCAGUGGUCACGGAAACCAGUGGUGACAAUGUAUGUAACCAGCGGGAAAAAACCUCCUACAUCUUGUUCUACCAAAGACAGGACUAGAAGGCGGGGUGCUCUUUCAAGACUUUGGAGACCCAUCGGCAGGACCAGGGACCUGAACUUAAGUCAAGUCAAAGUCAAAAGUCACUUUAUUGUCAGUUCUGCUACACAUGUACACAUACAGAGAACUGAAAUUACUUUUCUCUCAGAACCCUAGUUUAAAACAAAUAUACACAUACACAUACACACACACAGCUAUAUACAGAAUAAAAACAAGCUCAAAAAUAUGCAGACUGAACAUAUAAAAUACAAAUAUUGGCCUGGGAUUGGAUGACGACACUGGGACCAGCGGAAUAAUGACGAGACCAUGACCAUGGAUUGGACGACGACACUGGGACCAGCAGAAUAACGAGGAGACCAUGAC